CCGGGCACAAUGGUUCAAGGACUGAGCGCCCUGGAUAACAAAUUACACGAAAAAAAAAAAAGGCUUGAACAGGUUGAUCCUACCUCCCUAGACUUAGAUGAAAAUCCACUUCUAUUUAUCAGGGGUUGGAACUAUCAAAAAUGUCUGGCUAAUGAGGAAACAUCAUCUAAUUAUUACUCAAGUAUUAUAUAUAAAAAUCAGCUUUUAUACUAUAACAUCGAUAUUUUACACAACUUUAGUACCGUUUACCUGCCAAAGCCACGGUAACUCAAACUUCAUAAUGUUCUUACAUGUCGUUGUCAUCGUUCUUACCUGUGUUGGGAGCAUGCGCUGAUAAACUUUCAGCUUUUAUCAAAUAACGAAGGUCUGGGAUUCACGGACUCUUGUUCUAUGUCAUGUAACAAGGCUUCUCAAUCUUUUCCACUUACUGACCCCCUUUUAUGUGAAACAAAUAUUUUCACGACCUUGAGAAUAUGGACUUUAUAUUAUGUUCAUUUUCAUUAUCAUUAACCUAAAUACAUACCAUAAGUGUUACAUUAUCAAACUGGUUUAGAA